AUGGGCGCCUGCGGGAGGAAGGCCCUGACCCUGCUGAGCAGUGUCUUUGCCGUGUGUGGCCUGGGCCUGCUGGGCAUCGCCGUCAGCACGGACUACUGGCUGUACCUUGAGGAGGGCGUGGUCCUGGCCCAGAACCAGAGCACCGAGCCCAGGAUGUCGCUGCACUCAGGCUUGUGGCGGGUCUGCUUCCUGGCAGGUGAGGAGCAGGGGCGUUGCUUCACCAUUGAGUACGUGAUGCCCGCGAGUGCCCAGCUGACCUCGGAGUCCACGGUCAGCGUACUAAAAAUGAUUCGCUCGGCCACCCCAUUCCCCCUGGUCAGCCUCUUCUUCAUGUUUAUCGGCUUCAUCCUGAGCAACAUCGGACACGUUCGUCCCCACAGGACAAUCCUGGCCUUUGUCUCUGGCAUCUUCUUUAUCCUCUCAGGCCUCUCCCUCGUCGUGGGCCUGGUGCUCUACAUCUCCAGCAUCAACGACGAGAUGCUCAACAGGACCAGGGACGCGGAGACCUACUUCAGCUACAAGUACGGCUGGUCCUUCGCCUUCGCCGCCAUCUCCUUCCUGUUAACCGAGAGCGCGGGGGUGAUGUCCGUGUACCUGUUCAUGAAGAGGUACACUGCCGAGGACCUGUACCGGCCUCACCCCGGCUUCUACCGCCCGCGUCUGAGCAACUGCUCCGACUACUCGGGCCAGUUCCUGCACCCGGACGCCUGGGCCCGGGGCCGCAGCCCCUCCGACCUCUCCAGCGACGCCUCCCUGCAGAUGAACAGCAGCUACCCAGCGCUGCUCAAGUGCCCGGACUACGACCAGAUGUCCACCUCCCCGUGCUGA